AUGGUGGGAGUCUCCAAAAGCCCCCUUCCUCCAUGCCUUGACGCAGGAGAGAGUCCAGAAGACUCGCGGGACGUUUCAAGAAGGCAUGGCCACGUUCUUGCUCAGCCCCCCGAGAGACGGGGGCCGAGCCGAGAGGUGCAAAGCGCCACAGGACUGUUCCAAGAGGGCAGCUGCCGUUUUUCUUCGUAUCCAUGCCUAGAGGGAAGGAGCACUGACGAGCUGCGGGACUGUUUGAAGGAUGGCAACUGCCCGUUCCCCUCCCAUCUCAUGGGGGUGAGGAGGGCGGAGGUGGAUGCAGCCGAGUGA